GCUCACUCCUCAUUUAAGGUGCGGCCGAGGAACAGGUGCGAGAAGAUUCAUUUACUGGACGCAGCUCCGGAAUAAGGAAAUAGAUAAUAGUAGAAGAACCAACUUCACUUACCACAAAACAAAGUUAGCGCCCGUUUGAGAAGAGUCGGUGAUUUGUUAGCGCGCUCGCGGGUGGACGUCGUCUGCGUGUCUUUGUUCGUUUGAAGUCGAGGACAACAGGUGGAAAUGGCCAACUCCAGUUUGCAGCUGUUGGGAUUCACGCUGGCGAUUCUGGGCAUGAUUGGACUGCUGGCCGGCACCAUCAUGCCCCAGUGGAAGAUGUCGUCGUAUGUGGGCAGCAACAUCAUCACGGCGGUGUCGAUGUACGAUGGCCUGUGGAUGUCCUGCGCGUUCCAGAGCACGGGCCAGAUGCAGUGCAAGGUGUACGACUCGAUCCUCCAGCUCAACAGUGCCCUUCAGUCCUCCCGCGCCCUCAUGGUUGUGAGUAUUAUUGUAACGGCUGCUGGCCUGGGAGCCGCCUGCAUGGGAAUGAAAUGCACCACCUGUGGGGGAGACGACAAAGUGCGCAAGUCCCGCAUUGCCAUGACUGGUGGAAUCAUUAUCCUGGUUGGAUCUUUGUGUUCCAUUAUUGCCUGCUCUUGGUAUUCUUACGACAUCAUCCAGGCCUUCUACAACCCUUUCACCCCUGUUAAUUCCAAGUAUGAGUUUGGGGCUGCCAUCUUUGUUGCGUGGGCUGGAGCAUUCCUGACUUUAAUCGGAGGUGGCAUGCUGGCAGGAUCCUGCCCACGAAGCAAACCGAAACCAAAGUAUCCCAUCUCCAGACCCCCCAGCAAUAAGGAAUAUGUUUGAAGAGGACACGACUCGGCGUUAGAGGCUGAUUGAACUCUUUUCACAUAGUUCAACUUGGAUAGUGACACCUUAAAAUGUGUCCCAGGAGAUGCUCAGUACCUGUUUUUAUUUAAUUUUAGUUUCUUUUAUAGGAUACCCUGUCAUGUUACUGUAAUAUUAUUUUAACAAGAACAUUGCAGUUUUUAAUGAAACUUGUUUACUAAGUAAGAACCUAUUGGCCUGUGUGUAACUGCAGUCUGCUUCCUGGUUUGUGUACUAUAAUGUAUACCACCAUUUUGCUGACACUUUAAAACCACAAUAUUGUAGAAGUUGGGUGUAGAAAAUAUUUGCUACAAUGUAGUUCACGGAAACUGCGUCUGGUACCAUUCCUUUCAUGUAUUUGUGCUCUUUUACCAGAAACAACAAACUGUCAGUACCACUGUAGAAACCUUGUUGUGGAGCAUAAUAAUUAACUCAAUUGCUCUGUUGAAAUUCUAAGCACGCAGAUGUUGUGACCUAUCUGUUUGAAUUGUUAUAUAAUGAUUACUGCUUAUGUGAAUAGGCUUUGCUUCUUUUUUUGUCACAGUAACUGCACUCACUUUCUUUUUUUUAUAUUUUAAAUUGUAAUUUCAAAGUUUGAUGUACAUCAAAUAAAAGUGUAAAAUGUG